AAGGUAAACAAAUGUAAUAAUACGUUGCCAUAUUCUAUAUAGCUGAUAAUUCAGGGUGAUAAAUAAAAUAAUAAUUUGAUAAAAAAUGGAGCUAUGACAAUUGACAUCUUCAUAAUCGCGCUCUCAAACAAUGAUCGAAGUCGCCCGGACAAUCUGUAGCAGGACGAAACGAAUGCCGCUAGCCAUCUCACUCACUCGCGUCCAGUCCGAGAUGCGCGCUCUCGCUCCCCCCGCGCGCCCGUCCGUCGGUCUCGACCAAUCGGCGGCCAUCUUUUGCUCCCCCGAGAGCAGAGCGACAGUGCGUGCUCUCAUCACGAUCACAAGGAGACGACAUCUCGCCGCGCGAGGUUGUCGUUCCCGCGGAAGAUGCACAUGCACCGCAACGCGAUUUUAACCAAAGUGCCUUAGAACUAAGUGUAAGACUUUUUAACUGUGCUCAAAGUUACCGUGAUAAGUGAUUGGGAAGCUUGGAAAUUGGACUAUUAAUCGACUACCGGCUGAUAUCGCGAAAAUUAUCCACGAUUGGGCGUCUCGAGUGGGCGAUGCAGGGGGCGGCGAACGCGCCUGCGCCCUCCGCGGCCGAGCCUCCAGCUUCGCAACAAAUCAAAGCAGAAGUCAUCAGUGAAGCAAAAUUUGAUGCUGACGAAAUGAAGAUCGAAACACGGGCCACCAGAACCAUGAGUAUUGAUAGCGAUAACCGCUCGGACAGGAGCGAUGAAGAGGAUUGCAGAAGAGCUCGCAAGAGAGCAGCUUCGUCUUCACCAUCGCCCAUGCCUCUAGAUAAGAGGACAGCGCGUUUUGAAUGCCCAAAAUGCGUUCAACGCUUUGAUUCUAUGAACGCCUUUGACAUCCACCGAUUCACCGCUCAUGGCGAUGAAGCUAAGACAAACUAUGAUGAGUAUGGCUUUGGUGAUUUAGCAAAUAAAAAGUUCUCCGAUAUUAAUAGAAACAUUGGUGAACGCCAUCUGUAUAGAUGCGAAUUUUGCUCUAGAGAUUUCCCUUGUUUACAAGUUUUGGAUAUACACCGAAAGACGUGCUUGUCUACCCGAAUCCCUAGUCCAGAGAGAGACCGUCGGGAGGACUUUUUUGCUAAGUUAGAUCUAAGAAAUAGAUCUUUUGGUAUUCCUGGAACCCUAACACCGCCUAUGGAGAGAUUUACUCCGAAAUACGAUGACGCACAUUUAGGGAAUGGCAUUAGACAUAUUGAUGCUGCAAGGGAUUUGGCUGACAUUCAAUCCAUAUUAAAUGUCACAUCUGCAAGUAGUCUUUUAGAAAGAUUAACAGGAACAAGAGUGGCAUUAGAGAGCUCUGUACUCACUCCCCCGGAUACCGCAUCAAAAGAACGGGAACCAGAAGAAACUCAAGAUAAUUUUGCUGCUGAGUUCAGGCGUAUGAAACUUCGAGGAGAAUUUCCUUGUCGCUUAUGUCCUGCUAAGUUUCCAAAUCUUCGAGCUUUGAAGGGUCAUAAUAGAGUUCACUUAAGCGGAACUGGUCCUGGUCCAUAUCAGUGCAAUAUGUGCCCUCAUGCGUCUCUCGAUAAAGCAGCCUUAGUGCGCCAUAUGCGGACACAUAACGGUGACAGACCAUACGAAUGUGCCGUCUGUAACUAUGCCUUCACAACUAAAGCAAAUUGUGAAAGACACCUGCGAAACCGCCAUGCCAAGGUUACACGCGAAGACGUGAAGCGGUCUAUCAUUUACCACCCUUCAGAAGAUCCAAAUAAUGACGAAGUAAAUUCGAAGCUUGCACGGGAAGAAGUAAAAAGGUCUCUUGCAUUCCACACACCUGAUAUUGAAAGGCGCACCGACUCCACAGGUCGUGAUACUCCUUUAACUCAUUACUCUCCAACAUUUAUCGCUGACAGGCACCCGGUCACUUCAUUAGUUAAAUCUUUACCUGAAACACCAACGCUAACACCUAGAGAAUGUGACCAAACAUUGCCGAGAAUUAAAGUGAAAGGUAUCGGUCAACUGACACAAAUACCGGAAUUCAGAACACCUGAUGUUACAUUUAAAGCAAACGAAAUACAUUCAGAAACUUACAACGAAGAAACUCCUGUUGACUUGAGUACAAGUGACAACAACAGUUGCGAUGUCCUUGACCUAAGCAAGAAGAAACGAGAUGCUGAUGACGACGAACCUAAAGUUCAACCGCGACCUACGUUUGAUUCCACAGCUGCGGCCACUGCUGCUGCCUUUGAGAAAACAAGGUUCCUUUUGGCUCAGCAAAGACUCUUUGAAACCGCUCUACCGAAGUUAGAUCCAGCCUACUAUGCCUCGCAGCUCUCUCAAUUAUACGCUGGUGCAGUACCCGGCUUGCCUGGACUGCCUUUGCCGCCAUCAUUUCCUUUAAACCCUUAUUUUCUUCAAUCUUCCAUCUUUCCCAACCCGACUGAUUCGCAAGAACUUGCCGAAAUCAAACAGCGUAUUCAAAAAGAGAUAAUUCGUGGCUUAAGCAUGUCAGGCGGAAGACUCGUUUCGACAGAGCAAGAAAUUCAGCCUAAACAAGAGCCAGAGGAAGAAGACCAGAAGCCUUUGCAAGUGUCCACAACGCCUACACCCCCGCCCCACCCUGAAUCUCCGCAACAUAAUAGUGUGCCACAAAAUGAUCCAAUUAAAAUGGUUAUAAAGAAUGGUAUUCUAAUGCCUAAGCAAAAACAACGUAGAUACCGCACUGAACGCCCAUUCUCAUGCUCACAGUGCUCCGCUCGUUUCACAUUGCGCUCAAACAUGGAACGUCACGUCAAACAACAACAUCCGCAACAUUGGAGUAUAAGACGGCCAACGCCGAGAGCGCCACCACCGUAUCCUGGUUCUGAAAACCUAGCUGAUCGUGUGAAGUACGCCCUUUUGGCUAGACACCUUGAAAGACCAACACAACUAGACCGAUCACCCAUAAGAAGAGACUCCGACGAAGUUGCUGAUAACGAAGAAGACGAGGAGGACGCUUUAGUUAUUGAUGAGGAACCGGAUGAAAAGAUAGAUGAACAUUCCGCUGCACAUCGAGCUGCAGCUGAAAUAUUAAUGGCGACGCGGCAACAGGAAAUUAACAAAGACUUUGAUCUAAAAAUAGCUGGAAGCCUCAUUAACAAGCCGUUACCUAUACCUUCGGAGAAAACAGAAAGUAUUCCAUCAAGUCAAGAUGUGGCAGUAGUGCCAACGCGGUCUGAUGAAGAAGAGGAUGAAGAAGGUCUGGUUGCUUCUACCAGUGAAGGCAAUAACUCUGGCAGCGAUGAAAACAAAUCGGAGUCCGACACAAACCUGCCACCAAAGAAAAAAUCAGCCUACAGUCUCGCGCCAAAUAGAGUCUCUUGUCCGUACUGCCAUCGCAAAUUCCCUUGGUCCUCUUCCCUCCGGCGACACGUCCUCACCCAUACGGGCCAAAAGCCUUUCAAAUGUCCCCACUGUCCUCUCCUCUUCACAACUAAAUCCAACUGCGAUCGGCACCUAUUGCGAAAACACGGAGGCUCGGCUAAGGCUAUUUUGGCAGAACCAAUUCCUGUCACACUCCCAACGCCGAAUGACACCAGAGCAGUACCCGAAAGACCAUUCAAAUGUGCCACCUGUCCUACCAGCACAUUUUCCUCAAUGGAGACGUUGAAGAAGCAUAUGUCUUCGCGUCAUGGCAGCGGAGAAUCGCCUCCAUCGCCAUUGCCAGAGGAAGAAUCUGAUGUUGGGCUCGUUUUCAAAUGCCACCUGUGUGAAGCGGCUUUUGGUGACAGGAAUGGGGCUUUGGGGCAUCUGUCAUCCAAUCACACGGUGGAGUACGAGCAGUUGGUGUCAAAGGGUGCCUUGGAUGCGGCCAGCGAUAGAAGCGAAAGCGCUGACGAUGAUGAUAGGGGAAAGUUUCCAGAUCAUGCCAACAGAAAGGUGGUAUGCGCAUUCUGCGUGCGUCGUUUCUGGUCAGCAGAGGAUUUGCGCAGACAUAUGCGCACACACUCCGGUGAACGACCUUUCGCCUGCGACCUCUGCAGGCGCCGGUUCACCCUCAAGCACAGCAUGCUGCGUCACCGCAAGAAGCAUCGCGAAGAGGCGACUGACGACGAAGAGACCACUCCACCUGAUACGCCCAUCGAUGCCUCUAAUGGUUACCGUUACCAAGACGACGAAGGCUCCGGAAACGAGAUCCCAAACAACGUGAACAACAACAACUCACCUCCUUCGCUGCCCUACGAUAAGAAAAUCAAGCUGGACAUGUCCCGGAAGUACUCCUCCGAGGAAAACGAAGGCGAAAACGGAAGCGACCUCAUCGGUAAGCUUCUAGGAAUUCCGGACAAGACCAUCAUCAAUAAACUUCUCUCAUCCGCCGACGAAGCUGCUAAAUUCCUGGGAGUCAACAAAUGAGAGUACGCUUUAGUCCUCGUCACCCCAGCCAGACUCAUUCUGGCCCCGCGAGGACUAAAACUAAACUUGAGUACAGCGCCACCUAGUGGCGAGUAGCGGCAUCGUGUCCUCUUAAACACUAAAAAAUACAUUAAUUUAUUUACAAUUAAGUGUGAUAAAUUCGUAUAAGAAUAAGAGGUUUCCUGUAUUAUACACGUUUAGAUUUCUUAUGCUUUAAACAACGAACGAGUGACAUCGAUUCAACGCCAUCUACCGCGUAAUUAUCGCUUCGGGUGCCUUUACAUGCCUUAUAUAAUCUAUACCGUCCUCAAUGCCUUGGGUUACGAAGUUGUGCCAGUUUUUAAAGUACAUUAUAAAAUUUAAGUAACACUAACACGUUUGCAUUUCCAUCUAGUCGUCUCUCUUCAUCCCAUCCUAUUCUGAAAGCCCAAAUCUGUCUAGUCAGUCAUUAAUUGUGCUUACCAAACAGUUUCGAAUAAGCGUAACUCUUAACCAACCUACCAAUGAGUAGAGUUAAGGUAGUCUUAAUUAAUAAUAUUUUCUAUCUUUUUCAAUAAUAGCGUUAGUUCCUACGGCGAUUUACCAAAACCCCGUAAAAUUUCUACGUUCUUUUUCAGAAUGUAAAUAAUUAUAAUGUAGUCGUGUUUAGUGGUAGUUCUAUAGUCUAUGGUUAUUGUGCGGGGUUUCUGUUCGCGAUGUACCGGUAAUGUUUAUAAUAAGUAAACUUUAUUUUGCUCAAAUUUAUGGCAUUUCUUUUAAAACAAAGACUAAAAUUAUUUAAGAAGUUAGGAUCUCGUGUUUAUUAUAAUUGUGUAACCAAAGUUUCGGUGGACUUUAAACCAUCAGUAAUUUUUUUGACAAUUUUUAACUUUUCGUUACUUUGUUAUUGAAAGAUUUAUUUUUUUAAUUUUUGUAUAGUAAAUAAGUAUUUUGGUGCAGCAAUAUUAUUAGGUGGGUUAAAAACUCGAUAGUUUUAAAUUAUAAUUUAGUUUUAGGGAUUUCAGUCUCCUUCGUGGAUUGACGAAUCAUACGCUAGAAUAUACCUAAGUCCAAAAUGCUUUGUAAUAUAUUAAACGCAUAUAAUAUACCAAAUAUACAGAAAAUUAUCUAAGCUAUGAGCGUAGUGUUUAAGAGAUAAUUAUUAAUAUAUUUCUGUGUUUCGCUUCAAAGAGUUAAGCAAUAAUAAUCUGUGUACUUAUUAAAUGUCAAAAUGAUACCAAUUCAUGUAACUGUCACUUUAAGUUUAAAUAAUGACAAUCCUGCUUACUGUCAAUUAUAGAUAAUGUAAUUUAUUUUUAUUCUGUUAAAUUUAGUAUUCGAUAAUGUUCCGAGAAUUAAUGUUAUGUGUUAGAAUAAUCUCGUAAAUUAAGGGUAAAUUUAAGGAAUUUUGGCAACACCGCUUGGCCUUUGGAUAGUAGUGUGUUAUUUACUAUUACCUAGUAUAUAGCUAGUUAAAGAUAUACAAGAUGCAUGACAUAUUCAAUAUUAUAUACUUAAUUAUGUAAGCGUAUUUACUAUGAUUCACUUUUGCCUCUCUUCAUGCAAUAUGAGUGUUUUUAAGAAUUUUUGUGAAAUACAUUAUGAUUUAUAAUACAAUAAAGAUGUAUUGCUUUA